AUGGCAGCUGGCUUCUUCUGCUGGUUCUUUUUCUGCACAUUUGCUACAAAUGCCCAGGCCCAGGUCUGGCAGUCCUGUGGACCAUCCUGUGACUGCAUCACUGACAUCAAGUUCCUCAACUGCUCCCAUAGAGGGUUCAGUAAUGUGCCCGGGGACUUUCCCCCUGAUACCGAGCACUUGGACUUGUCUGGGAACCUUCUGACGGGGCUCCACAAGGGGGGUUUCAGACUGCUGUGGAACCUACGGGUCCUCCUUUUGAGCGACAACAACAUCACCAGCAUUUCAGACGGUGCCUUCUCUCCCCUGGGGAGCCUCUGGAAGCUGGACCUGAGUCAGAACUGGAUCUCCACCCUGAGCGAGGGCUUCUCAUUGGGUCUGGGCUCUCUGAGGGAGCUACUGCUGGGGCACAACCAGCUGGCCUUCCUGGAAGAGGAGAGCUUCCUGCACCUGGACAGCUUGCGGAAGCUGGACCUGAGCGCUAACGCUAUCCGGUCUGUCCGGGCGAGGACCUUCGUCUACAUGACCGCUCUCCGCCAGCUCGACCUGCGGGACAACUGGCUGGGCCGCCUGGCCAACGGCGUCUUCUCCAGCCUCAGGUCCCUGGAGGUGCUCAACCUGAGCAGGAACCGCAUCCACAGCGUAGAGGCGGGGGUCCUCACCCCCCUCGUCAGCCUGGCCUUAUUGGACCUGUCCCAAAACGGCCUGUGCACCAUCCGCUUUAAGACCUUCCUCAGCAUCCGUACCUAUGGGACCCACCUCCUGUUGAGACGCAACCCCUGGCACUGCGACUGCGACCUGCAGAGGGUGUUCAGGAAGCUGCGGAGCGUGCGCAGGCUCUCCCUGGACGACUACGGGGACCUGAGCUGCGCAGAGCCGGCAGAGCUGCGGGGUCACCCGCUGAGCCGGGUGGACGCCGAGCUGUGCUUCGCCGAGACAGUAACCGUGCUCGUCAUUACAGGGACCGUGGUGAUCGUCGUGCUGGCCGCCAUCGUCAUGGCCGAAACGAGCAAGAGGAAACCGGUGGCGAAGCAAGGCUCCGGGGAGAACGGUGGACUGGAGGAGUACGCUGAAAACUAA